GUGUUCUUCACAUGAGAGCAGACACAAAGACAGACAGACAUACCGACAGAUGACAGCUUAGACAAGAUACAUACUCUCCCCUGCUGAACCUCUACAAUGAACCAGACGUAUGCUGUGAUCAACAAACCGAAACAGCCCCACCCUCCUACUGGCCCCGCCCACACCCCCCCUGUGGUUCGGCCUUCCAACCGAAAGGAAAGCGCCACCACUUCUCGUCUCUAUGACAACAAUUGUAUGGUUGCUACGGGUCAUGAGCUGUACAGCGAGGUCAAACCCCGGGCUAAACCAAUCGGCUUGGCCCCCCCUGCCAAACCAGUCUACAGCCCAGCAGCAUUAGCCAAUCAGGCGCUGGGGGAGGGGUCAUCUGACACCAACAAAGCCUGUGAGCAGGUAGCAGGAUUUAACUGCCGGGUGAAGAAGCCCAGAGGCCCGAGAGAGCCGCCCGCAGACUGGAGCCGGCUGGAGAGAUGAAACACCUGGACUGCAUCGUAUCGGAUCGGAUUUUAGUAAAAACACUUCUACCUGAGAAAAGCAAAAGCCUUUACCUGGCUUCACUUAACAAUAUUAUUCAUCUCUUCUAUUGUUAAAACCUUACUACUCUUGCCAUGAUUUGCGAUUUGCCACCGAUGACUGACCCUUGAACCCUGAGCUCAACGUUUAUGACUGCUGACAUUUGAUAGGAAAACGGCCGGUUAGUGAUCAACAUUGCAUCACUUUAUUCCACUGUAACUCGCUGUUCAGAACCGAUCCCGGAUCAGCCUAAUGACGGUGUAUUGUUAUCACCAGCAGGGGGUAGCAGCGGCCUGAGCAGGAAUCAGACUAAGCCGAGCUAGAGAUUUUAAGAAUUGAUAAGAAAACAUAUUCUGUGCUAUUUUUAUUUUGUGUAUUAUUAUGUUAUGUCUUAUUUAGAUUGUGCGCUUUGGUAACUGUGACUGUACGUCUGCAAUGUCAAUAAAGCUCUUGAAUCUUGAGAGAGCGAGUGAAUG